ACUAGUUCUUCUUCUCUAUCCUAGAGGGCAACGAUCUUUUUCGAUUUCGACUUCGACCCUGCUCUUCUACUUCUGCACCCUUUUCGCCACUCCUUGGCGAGUCUCGUCCACGUUCGGUUCCGCGACUUCCUCUCGGCCGAGCCUCCACUUCGCCUGGCCUUCACCCCCACCUGGGAUUCCAAAAUUGUGAACUUACUUGGAACUUUCGAGUGCACCGAGGCGAGUACCAUUGCUCGAAAUAACCACUUCGGAACGAACUUCUCAUUCCGGUGCGACCUGAGGAAGCGAUGCUGACACGUGGACCGGGCGAAGAGGACGCGAAAGAGGAGUAGCGCGAAAUGUCGCACCCCUCGAGGCCGCCGGGCGGCCACCCCCCGGGGUGGGCCGCCCCCAGCCCCUUCAGGCCCGCGUCGCCGUACGCGACCGGCCGAGGCCAGGGGCCCUCCACCCCUGUGCACCCUGCGAGCCCGGUGCCCAUCGGGGGACCCGUCUCCCCUAGGGCAUCGCCGGUCUUCGGGGGCGGGUACAUCCAGUGCCCCCGACCCAGGUGGCCCUCGGCCGGCAUUCCUAGACCCUACGUGCCGACGCAGAUUCAGAGCCCUCUGGGAAGCGCCUCGGCCUCGCCCCUGCCCUGUGGACCGCCCGAGUACCUCAUCGCGCCCUACAGGCCCGGGGAGUACGAGUACGUUGGGGUGCCCCUCGACCCCGACCAAGGGGACGAGGAGUCCAGCGGGCCCAGCACCGCCGAGAUCAUCGCCAGCCAGAGCCAGGACUACGUGGACGAGAAGCUGGCCGAGUACCAAGCCACGAUUCAACAGCUGCAAGAUGGGAACCGGGGCCAAAUUCGAGAUCGCAGAAUCCGAGGUCAAAUUCGAGAAUUCCGCCCACUCCGGUCGAUCCUCGACCCGGAUCGAAUCUCGGGAUAUUCCGGCGCCUCUAGUAUUAAACAUAGAACGACCCCGGCACUUCGACCGCGCAAUCGGCGAAAAGUCGUAGGAUUUUGGCAUGCGCCACCUCAAUGA